AUAUGAACUCAAAAAAUUUCACUAAUUUUCCUAACUUUCACUUUUAAAUUCAUUAAAACGGUUUAAGUUUACCAAACGAUUAACGGUUUAAAACAGUUACAACUUUUGGUAAAACAAAAGUUUACAAAAAAGUAAUUUUUGUGAUAAAUCUAAUCAAAUACUAAAUAUUCAAAUGGAAACCAAUUUUGAUGAAACUUGUGGUGAAUAUAACGGCAAUAAUAACACUAAUAAUAAUAACUUCGAUAAGAAUUGUGUGAAUAAUAACAGUAAUGAAUGCAAUGAUAAUUGCAUUGAAAACGAGUCCAUAGUUGACAACAAUUCUGUUAACAAUAAUAAUCUAAAUCUCAAUAAUAAUAGUAAUAAUAAUAAUAAUAAUGAGUACAUCAGUGAAGACGAGACACCAAAUGAAAGGCAUAUGGAGUGCGAAGAGGAGGAAGAGGCGGAAAGUGUUGGAACCGAUGUCCUGGAGAAAUGCCAAUUGAUUACACUGACGAAGAUGGAGGCGCCGGACGUGUGGGAUCAGGCCAUAUGCCACGACCGGUACCGAAGCAAUGAAAGCAUUUAUCUCAACCCAGACCUCAAUACAGGGGACUCGAGGGACGACAAGUCGCGACUCGAUUCCAGUGUUUGCGACGACGACUACUCACCGGCGCUGGCAUUGGCCUCAUAUGUGUCACAACAGAUCAAUGGCCAGACACUGGAUGAGUCGCAUACACACGUGUCGCACAACAGUAACACCAGAUCUCAACCAUAUUUGAAUCACUCAAACACUUUACACACAACAGAUGUAAAGCAAACGACUUCUUCGGCGCUCAACGAUUACAACUCAUGGAAACAGUUGUCUCUAAACAAUAUUAAUAGCUAUCAGACGUCGUCCUCAUCGACAACCACCACAACGAGUGGCACGAGUGGAGGCAAAGUUGCCUUAAGUAAUGAAUACAACAGUUUCUACACCCGUUUUGCCACCGAAAGACAGCAACGAUAUCCGGACGCGCGGUCACUGAGAGGUCGCGGCGCCCACUCAUCGAUGACCAAAGAGGAGCAGCGCAAGAGUGCCUGCGAUCGCGAGCGCACUCGUAUGCGAGACAUGAAUCUGGCCUUUGAUGCCCUCCGCGCCAAACUUCCCUGUCUUAAGCCGAGGGGCAAACGGCUCUCCAAAAUUGAAUCGCUCCGAAUGGCCAUCCGUUAUAUCGCACACUUGCAGUCAGUGCUGUCCACUCCGGACAAUGAGGUUAGCAAUACGUCGACCACUACUCCCACAACUCAAUCCUAUUACACACCUAAUAACGACAGCUCGUGUACAAGACUCUGGAGACUAUCAGAUCAGGUUGAAUAUUGUGGCGGACAGCAAACCUAUAAUUGCUCUGAAAAUAAUUAUCAUUAUGAAAAUAGCUAUUAUUGGUGGACACCCUCUAUAAACGGCUCAUACACUGGAUUUCAACAGUGA